UCUGAUUGCCUAUACAAUCCUGGAUGGACGGAGGAUGUCCGUGAAAUCAUUGACCAUCUCCACACCCAAUACGCUCAAGCUCCUUUAUUUGCUGUUGGCACUAGCAUUGGUGCUAAUAUUCUGGUAAAAUAUCUCGGUUAGGAAGGAGUCAAUACUGCGAUUGUUGGGGCUGUUGCCAUCUGUUCUCCUUGGGACUUCUUGAUUGGUGACAGGUUUAUUAAGCGCAAGCUUGUGCAGAGACCCUAUGACAGAGCUUUAGGAAUUGGAUUAAAAAAUUAUGUCGAGCUGCAUCAGAGUAUUUUGCCUCGUCUGACAGAUUGGAAAAGCAUUUCUAAGAUAAAUUGUAUCAGAGAUUUUGACAAACAUGUUUCUUGUGUUCUUGCUAAUUAUGAGACUGUUGAUACGUAUUACAGGAAAGUUAGCUGUAGCAGCUAUGUAUUAAAUGUGAGGGUCCCCCUCCUCUGCAUUAGUGCCUUGGAUGAUCCAGUAUGUUCAAGGGAAACAAUUCCAUGGGAUGAAUGUCGGGCAAACAAAAAUGUUGUACUAGCUACUACACAGCAUGGGGGACACUUGGGACAUAUUGAAGGGAUGAUGGCAAAAAGCCUCUGGUGGGUCAGGGCCGCCGAUGAAUUCCUUUGUGUUUUGAACUCCAGCUCAUUGAUCUAUAGAGAAAAGAUACAAAAUACCACAGUACUAGACAGUCCCGCGAAAUCAAUUGAUCAGGCACCAUAUGUGAGUAUAAGAGAAGACGGUUUAGUGACUGCAUUUAGC